UCUUCUCUACUUCAUUGAUCCUUUCUUCCAUAGCUCUGGAGGGCAGCAGAAAUGCUAGCUUCUCUUAGGGUUUUGAUCGUUUCAAGGAUUAGCAGUCUAAGUUAAACUGAUUUCUCAAGCCUUGUUUCUGGUUUCCUUUCUUCGUUUGUGGAACAAAUCCAACUUUCCUGGUGCAUCUCUGGAUGUUCCGAUGAAGAGAUUGGAACAUUAGACUAUAUCCCUUACAGUCUACCCGAAGGAACCAGGAAGGGAAUUGUUGGGGCAUUGUCUGGUACGACAAAAUUAGGUCUCCGUAAUGUUCCUUGUGCAAAUGGACUCCGAAUGCGUGCCGGUGGCCAAAGCCUCACCCGAGGAAGUUGAUGUGACGGGGAUCACCAAGAUGGAGUCUAUGCUCAGGUUGAAGGGAAUGGAGAAUUGUGGGCAAGCAAUCUACGGGCAGGCUCCCUUCGUGGGGGACAAUGACCACCCAGAAGUUCGAGAUGAUGCAUUCAUCGAGCUCAUCGGUGGAAGGGAAGUUUAUCCUCCGACACCCUCUCCGGAUAGAGAUAGUUCGGAGCCUCCCUCCUCUUCCGACCAAUCCGAGGAGCUUGAUUCCAUUCUGGACUGCCGGACACCAUCGGGAAACGUCUUUGAUCCGUUUGCUCCUGGGCCAGAAGAACUGGUUUUUGCCCCCAGAAAGAAGAUGCUGAAGGGAACCCAAGUACCUCCUCGGCGGCAGCUCAACUUCAAUGACUGUGGUGAUUCCAAUCAACAGGUCAAACACAAUGUUGCUGAAGAUGCUGUCGAGGAAGAUGACCUAUUGGAGUUGUUUUUUCGAUCAUUUCUCGAACUGAUUGUUCUAAAUCGGAUACAGGAGACAUCGGUUAAGAACUUUCCGCUUCAUGGUGACACUUCUGAAUGUCUCAAGACACCCAUUUUAUUACCUUUACUAACAGGGGUUGCAGGGACAUGCCCUCCUGCACCCAGGAGAGAAGCAGCAAACUCAAGGACGUUCAGGCUUGGGGUAUGCCGAAAGCUCGAGUUCGGGACCGGCUUGACUUGAUCAUUCCAGCUCUCCCGACGAAAAUUACAGGUAAAGAGCUUUUGUUAUGGUGCGCAUUUGCUGUAAAAAGCUUAUUUCAAUAACCAUCAUUACUUGUUUUAUUUUGAUUUACUUCCUUAAAGGGUAGGCUGAAGGCUUGUUCACCAAGAGCUGAUCAAUCUGAUAAGAAAUUUUGCAGAGCUUUGGGAGUAAUAGCUUCAAACGCAGCUUUUGUGGACUCUUCAACUUACUGGUUUUACCUGUAGGCAUUGAUUUUGCUGACCUGAGAGGGGAAGUUAUUAAUUCCAUGUAACUUCGGAGUGGAAUUAUAGAUGUCCUUAAACAACUGAACUAAUACAAAAUAUUUGGUAGUAACUCGAUGUCCUGUUCUUGCCAUUAUAGUCAUUAUUGGCGAUGCCAUCACUAUGUGAACUUGUUGGUAUUGAUUGCUGUUUGUUGCUGCUUAUGAUAUGGGCUUUUAAUUGGCAUAAUUUCCCUGCA